AUGGGCGCUGCAUCUUAUUUAGUGUGGAGAGAUGCAUCACAUGAAAAGGCGUUACUUCCUUUGGCUGUUUAUGGUGCUCAGCUUCUACUUAAUUGGUCGUGGACGCCUCUAUUUUUCGGGCAGCAUAAACUAAAAUAUGGAACAGCAGUGUGUUUAGGCAUUUUCGGUGGAGCUCUGGCAUGUGUAUACUUAUUUCGACCAAUCAAUGUUGACGCUAGUAAUCUGAUGAUUCCAUACGCACUAUGGACUGGAUUCGCGUCACUUCUUAAUGUUCGUGUUGCUAUGCUGAAUGAAGACUGUGAUUAACUGAAUGUAGAACCAAUAUCUCACUAGAUGAUAUCAUGGGAAAUCUAAAAAAGAAAAAGAAACACUAGCACAUUUUACACUGAAGCUUUUUCGAUAAGCUGAUUUCUCUUUCUCCGCUUUUCAUUUUUCUUUUUUCAACAAAAUAAGUUUUCAUAGAAAAAUUGAUAUAUCAGGGAUAAUAGUCGUCUUUUUAUAUUUUAUUUGUCAACAAAUAAAAAUGUCUGAAUUUUAUCCUUUCCUCUUGAAUGAAAAGUUUUUCUGUGUUGUUAGAAAACUCACUGGCGGUAUAAUACUUGUCUUGACUGCAUUAAUAUCGAGUCAGUUCGUACGGUAAACUUAGUUUUGUGUAACAGUUUAAGAGGGAUGAAAUUCUUAACAAAUGAAAUCAGGAACCAGAGAGAUAAAGAAUGUUCAUCUCUAGAUAAAAGAUACCAGUUUUAUGAAAAUGCUUUUCUUAUAUCCCUUUUUUCGGCCAAAAUUAUGCCGUCACUACAUAUCUGAAGCAGCACGCCAGAAGUAUGUAUCACAGUACAUGAUAAAAAGCACGUCUGUGUCGUCUAUCCUCCAACACACAAUUAGUUUGCAGAUGUCUCGAUUUUUUUUCUCAAGAUACCUUGUAAGGGUUUAUUUUAAGGGUAUGAAGAAAAUUAUUUGAAUGCGUUAGCACUUCACUUAUUUGUGAGGUUGCAUCAAUACUAAUUGACUGGUUGCUGACACGAUCUCUUGGCGCAUAUAUAUGGCUGGUUUAGCAGAAGCAUGAAACAUAGUUCCCCAUCAAAGGAUGCGUGUAAUGUCUGCUUUUCCCUACUUUACAGCUAUAAGACAUUGCUGUUGAAGAUAUAAAAUAUGGAAAGAUUUGGCAUUUCUGACUUUUGUUGUCUUCACUUGCCCUGGUGUUAGGUGGCGCAGUACACUUGAUAAGAAUGUGAUUAGGUAUAGUGUGUGUUACGUGAUGGGACAUGAAAUUAAUCAGUGAGGUUAUGAAGCUCCAACAACUGUGAUGGACCGUGACCUCUCCUCCGACGAUUCAUUUAGCUGGAGUCUUAUUUGGUUGGGGUUAGUUAUGGGAAAUGUCUUAGCACCAGUUUAUGAAGUCUUUGGUUGUUGGUUUUAGCCAUGUAGGAGGGUUUAGAUUACCCGUUUGAUAUCCUCAGAAUGCUAAUAAUCAAUUGUUGAAGACCUUGUUAUGGCUCAGAAUCGUUCACAAUAAAGCAAAUAUGUUCACCCCUUGUUAUCUUCCAGAUUCUAAAAACUUAAGCUGAUCUUCAUCUGAUUAUAGUCUCUAUCGUACUUGUUCAUGCGUUGUACUCUUGCUACAUUUUUUCCUACUUCUAUAUAUGCUUUUACCAAGCUUGGCCACCUGAACUACUACACUUUUGUGCUAAGAAAAACAAUAUGAAAUCACUGAUAGUGUGCACACUUUGAUAGUAAGUCAGUAAAUCAAGUUAUUCAUGGUGUACGAGUACAUACAGUUAUCUCCGGAUUGGUGAACACAUACACACCUGGUGUGGAAAAGCUGAAGAUAAAUCUGUUCACAGCCCAAUUGUCCUGCAUGUUAUAGAUACUUAUAAACGUCAGUAUAGUUUUUACUGUGAUACAGUGUAUGCCUAAAAACGUGCUACAAAGAGGUCUUUAGAUAACAUUAGGAGUGAACUAUAGUAUACCAUCAGCAAUGAGCAAUACACCGCCGUUACUGUGCUGUGUCAGAUACAUUAUUCUAUUAUGGGGUCGUAUUCUACUACACUGCUUAAGUUCCAUGUCAAAAUGAAAUUUAAUUGUCAGUAAUUAACCUGUUAGCAAAUAAUUCAGUUAACGUUAUCUGUUUAUGUAUGCAUAUAUCGAUUUAUUUAUGAAGUUUCGAAAUUCUUGUAUUAAUCUGUUGUCAAAUGGUUUAAUUAGGGUGGUAUGUUCA